AUGAGCCGAGAUCUAAGAUUCUCAAUAUGGGCAAAAUGCAUAGGAUCAAGAGAGAAAUGUAUAGAACUAAAGCCUAUAGGACUUCGUAAUGCCAAUAAGGGCCAGAACCCCAGGCAUCAGGUAGGUGAGAAUGGAAAAAUCGAAGAUAAGGACCUAGUAAAGUUCAUAUUAGAUCUAUACAGAGAUAUAGAGGGUAACAAUCAGGAAAACAUAUUCAACAUUCUGAAAAACUUAGAAAGAGAUUUCCCCAUGGUAUACAAUCUUAAACUGCUUGCAUUGUUCAUAAUGCACAUCCUAGAGUUACCAUAUGCCUCACCGCAGGCUGUAUAUCGCUUUAUUCAUUCAUUAAUGGAAUCUCAUAACUUUUGUAGUGUAUUCUCAAGAGAUCAGGGAAUAAAGCCGGAUAGCAAGGUGAAUGAAGAUAAAGAAGACAACACGCAUUCUGCGUUUUGGAAAACUUUCAUAUGCGACUAUCCCUUGGUAUUUGAUCAGAUGGUUGAUCUUUUACUUUGCUACGAAGGAUCGAACAUAGAAUCUGUCCCUGAAUUUCUUUACAAGCAAACUGGGGGCAAUGAUCUAAGGGAAUGGAUUAAGUUUAUGUCAAUAAGGUCUAACCUAGAGAAGCUGGGAGACGUCUUUGAUAGUGAAAGAUUAGAGACUCCAGUAGGAGUAGACAGGAGAGAAGAGACAUAUUUUGACUUCCUAGUUGUUCAAAACGAAGCUAUAAAGGCCCAGGAAAUGAUGAAAAUAGAGGCCAGUGAGAGACUUAAUUCUCUUCAAGAGGAGAGGAAUGAGCUCUAUGCACAGAAGAUCAAUCUUAUGAAGGCGUGUUCGUCCUUGGAGUCAGACCUUAAAGAAUAUCAAGAGGAAUAUGUUAAGAAGGUUGAGGAAAUGCUUCACGAUGUCGAAGACAAAUGCGAGAGAUAUGAGAAGGAGAAUAAAGAACUUAAAGCAAAAUUAGAAGAAGGAAAAUAUAAAUAG